AUGAACCUCAAAUCCCCAAUGUCUGGUCUUCAGUUUGAGAGAAAAGACAGCUCCAUUAUGUCUAGAAAUGCAAGUUGUUUUCUAGUCAGGCACACUCCUCAUCCCAGAAGAGUCUGCCAUAUAAAAGGUUUGAAUAACAUCCCUAUAUGUACUGUGAAUGAUGAUGAUGACUUAUCCAGAACUUUCUGUGGUGUUAGCCACUUAGCGAAGGAGGAGGCACCAUUUGCCAGAUGCAGUUACUCAGCCAGUACUGAAGCCCUGGAGAGCUCUGUGAGUGAAGUCUCACCCGCCCUACACACUGUGAAGGUGCCCCCACGGCCUCAUUCUGGUGAGUCUCCCAGUUGAAAAGAAAUUUCCCCAAACUCAACAGAUAAUCCCAUGUGUUAUAAGUCGGAAGAAAUUAAGACAAGAAAUUCAUCAUCACCUCCGAAGGCAUGCUCAAAUGCUGGCUCCUGUUGCUCCGAUGUGAUGAAUACCAAAAUGGACAUCAACACUGUUUGCAUACCAAACUAUCUGGAUCAGGAAAUAAAAAUCCUAGCAAAGCUCUGUGAGAUUUUGCAUACUGAUUCACUGGCAGAGGUUCUUCAGUGGCUGCUUCACGCAAGUUCAGAAGAAAAAGAGUGGGUCUCGGCUUUGGUUCAUGCCGAGCUGGCUGAGAUAAACUUGUUGACUCACCGCCAAAGAAACAUUUCAACAGAACCAGCAGCAGAGACCGGGAGGCCACCUAUAGUUAAAUCGCCUCCACAUUCUCCUGCAAAAUCAAAAAUGCUGACCAGAUCUAGGGAAGGGCAUGGACCAAUCAGAGUGUCAAGCCAAGGAUCUGAAGGAAAUAAGGAAGUACCUAAAGAGGCGGAGUCUAAACCUCCAUUGUUUAUAAGAAGACAUAAGAUGAAAAUACCCAUCGAAGAAUAUUUCAGCAAACCAAAGUCUUCUCCCAGGCCUAAAACCCAGGAGAGUCUGUCAGCAAAACCAAUGUCAUCAAGGAGUACCCAGCAAGGAAUCAACCCCUGUCUUCAAAGAGCAUAUUAUCCUUUAACAUAUCAAAGAUAG